UAGCGCCUUCUGGUGAUUUCCUCCAAUCUUUAAACUCUUUUGAAAACAAUAAAAGAGCGGGGCCCGCAGGUCCGGCAUGGCUCUGCCCCUGUCUCACUUGCGGCUGCAGGCCCCGCCCCUGCGUCUACUGCUAGGCGCAAUGUGGCGUGUUGCCCAGCAACAGGCCUAUGAACAUUAUGGGAUAUUGGAGGAGUGUGUUGUUGCAGCAACAGAGUCAGUCCCCGAUCUACUGUCAAUCAAAGAGAAGACCGUCCUGCUGCUGGCUCUAAGGACCAAGAUCUUUCUCUCAGAUCCAGACCCUUCUCAUUUGGACCGGAGCAAAGUGUCUCCUGUGACAGAUGGUGAGUGGGACAGAUCCAUGUCAUCUCUGAAGGACGCUGUGUCAAAAGGGCUGGAUCCAGAGACGCUCAGAGAAGUCUUUGGUUGUGAGUUUGAUGCUGCUUUGGAGUCGCUUUUAUGUCACUUCCUGUCCCGCCUCCAGCAGCUACUUCCUGUCCCUGAUUUUGCAAAGGUCUCUUCCAUGCUCCAAGAUGACUGGCUCAAAGACUGUUUACAGGAAGUGAAAAGUCAGCAGCUCAAGGAGUUUCUGGCCAAUCACAGCUCAGUACACAAUCCUACUUGUCCAGCUCCAGAGUCCAAGCCUGAGGUCGUUCUGAAAUCUGCUUGGCAACAGCUACUGAGUUUACAGAGGAUGAAUGAGGUAUCCAAAACGACCAACAAGAAACAAGAGACACUAAAACCUACCAAUCAGAAACGAAAUUUGACGACUUGUACCAAUCAGAAGUCUUUAGAGCCCAAACCUGUGCUUCCAACGGCCAAUCAAACAACGGUGGUCACGCUGUUGAACCAGAAUUUCGCUUUUCCCCUUGUACUCAAACAGACACCAUAUUUCCUCUUUCCUACCAAGAACACUCCUUUGUCCAAGGUGACCAGUCACAGCUCUUCUGUGUCCAUCCCGACCAAUCACAGCUCUCCUGUGUCUGUCUCGACCAAUCACAGCUCUCAUGUGUUCAUCCCAACCAAUCACAGCUCUCCUGGGUCUAUCCCGACCAAUCGGAAGCCCUCAAAGUCCAAAUUGUCAAAGCCCAAAAAAAGAAAACAGAUUUCUAUGACCAAUCAGACACAUCCUGGUUGUGAGGUGGAGAUUGUGAUUAAUCAGAGGACUGACCAAUCACAGCUAACCUCUGCCCCUACAAAGGACCAACCAGCGCCUUCCUCCUCUGCUGUGACUGUCCAAUCAGACGCAGCAUCCUCAGAGGCUCCUCAGGACUCACUGUCCCAGAAUCCUCGCCGUCUGCCUCAGAAAUGUCCCCAAUGUGGAAAGUGCUUCUUCUACCGCAAUCAGGUCCUCAAACAUCUGGAGAGCAACCGCACAUGUUCUGUCGCCUCUCAUCCAAUCAGAGCGCUGCAUUGUUUCCAGUGCCCUGCCUCAUUUCAGACCAAAGUCGAACUCCUUACACACCUGAGGACUCACCGCGCCCAGUUCCCAGCCCUGGGCCAGUCCAGACCCAAGACUGGGACUGGACCCGGACCCAAGAACGAGACUGGAUCCAAGACUGGAACUGGACUCAAGACUGGGCUCAGAGCCAGGACAGGGGACACCCAGCAGGGGGCAGUAAAGGAGGCUGUACAGGAGCGUCCCUCGUUCAGCUGCUGUCUCUGUGAUGAGCGCUUUAAACACCAGACUCUGCUCUUGUCUCACCUGGAUCAGCACGCACUCAAGGGUGAGGAGCCACGCUAUGACUGCCUCCACUGUGAACAGAGCUUCACAGGCUCCACCCUUCUGCGCAUACACCAGCGCACUCACGUGCCCCGUCCCUUUGUGUGUGAUGUGUGUGGGCGGAGUUAUGCGUCAGAAGUUGCACUGACAGCUCACACCAAACUUCACGGCGAGAAGCGUUUCCUGUGCCACACAUGUGGGCGGGGCUUUGUAAGCCGCGUCGCUCUCCGUUCUCAUGUCCGCACGCACACAGGAGAACGCCCGUAUACAUGCACGCUCUGUGGGCGGGGCUUCGCCUUCAACGCCGGCCUCAAAGUUCAUUUGCGACGCCACCUAGGGGACAAACCCUACACUUGCAGCGUCUGUGGCAAAGGCUUUCCCUCCGGAGGAGACCUGCAGGCGCACGCCCGCACGCACACAGGGGAGAAGCCGUAUGUUUGUCGAGAGUGUGGGAAGAGGUUUGUUGUCUCAACUCAACUGAGAGCUCACCGCCGCACACACACAGGAGAGAAGCCGUGCGCUUGUCCAGAAUGUGGGAAGAAGUUCAGUCGAAAUUUUGAGUUAAAGCGACACCUACGGUUGCACUUCAAUGUUCGACCAUUUCAAUGCCCUCACUGCCCAAAAGCCUACACCUGUACCAACCACCUGAGGAGACACCUGAGAACACACCAGGGCUAAACCAGGGCUAAACCAGGACUCAACCUGGACUCAACCUGGACUCAACCUGGACUCAACCUGGACUCAACCAGGACUCAACCAGGACUCAACCAGGACUCAACCAGGACUCAACCAGGACUCAUCUUGUACUCAUCUUGUACUCAUCUUGUACUCAUCUUGUACUCAUCGCGGACUCAACCUGGACUCAACCUGGACUCAACCUGGACUCAACCUGGACUCAACCUGGACUCAACCUGGACUCAACCUGGACUAACCCAUUUGUUUUUGGUUUGGAAGCUGUGGGUGUAUAAUGAACUGUACAAAAUAGAAUGAAUUAUAAAUAGACAUAAUUAUAAGUAGAGGGACCAACAGACCUGUGUGAGGGACCUGCAAAUCCACAGACCGGUGUGAGGGACCUGCUGACCUGUCUGAGUGAUAGAAUGUUAUGUGAACAUGUAAAAGUGUAAAUGUUUUGUUUUGGGUGUUUUGUUUUGUUUUUUUUACAACAAACAGACUUCAACACAUUUGUGAUGGUUUAGACUCUGGGUUUUGUAGUGAGAGUGUAUAUCUAAUCUGAUUAUAACGGUUCAGAUAAGCUGUAUAGCUGUUACUAUUGGCCCACGCUGUGUGCUCCUCACAACAGAGUCAGGUUGAAGUUCUAUGGUUUUAUUUUAGCCUGACUUCAGACUAAUGCACUGACACCACAGUUACAUUACAUUUAUACACUGCCUGGCCAAAAAUUUACCACCCAAAAAAAGGUCACUCUCUCUAAUAUUUUGUUGGACCGCCUUUAGCUUUGAUUAUGGCACGCAUUCGCUGUGGCAUUGUUUCCAUAAGCUUCUGCAAUGUCAAGAUUUAUUUCCAUCCAGUGUUGCAUUUAUUUUUUUCACCAUGCAUAUACCAUAUUGCAUUGAAGAUGGCAGAGUCUGACCACUGCGCAAAGCCUUCUCCAGCACAUCUGUGUUGU